AUGCCGAGUGCGUCCAGUCCCAUUCCCGUCCCAUUUUCCGUUCUUUUCCCGUUUCCCUGUGCUGUUCCCGGUCCCGUUCCCGCCAUGGCUGCCGCGCGGGCUCCGGCGGCGCGAGCCGGGGCCCGGCCCCCCGAGCCCCCCAAGGCCAAGCCCACCGAGGAGGGCGAUGCCCCCCCGGCCAAGAGAGCCCCGAUCUUCUAUGGGAGCCUGGAGGAGAAGGAGAGGGAGAGACUGGCCAAGGGGGAGUCAGGGCUGCUGGGCAAGGAGGGCAUGAAGGCUGCUCUGGAGGCUGGGAACAUCAACAUCAGCAGUGGGGAGGUGUUUGACCUGGAGGACCACCUGAGCGAGCGCCAGGCCGAGGUGCUGGCGGAGUUCGAGCGGCGGAAGCGCGCGCGGCAGAUCAACGUGUCCACGGACGACGCCGAGGUCAAGGCCUGCCUGAGGGCCCUGGGGGAGCCCAUCACCCUCUUUGGAGAGGGGCCUGCAGAGCGCAGGGAGAGGUUGAGAAACAUCCUCUCAGUGGUCGGCACAGACGCAUUAAAGAAGACCAGGAAAGAUGAUGACAGGUCAAAAAAGUCCAAAGAAGAGUAUCAGCAAACCUGGUACCACGAGGGCCCACGGAGUCUGAAAACAGCCAGGCUGUGGCUGGCAAACUACUCCCUGCCCAGGGCAGCGAAGCGGCUGGAGGAGGCCCGGCUGCUCAAGGAGAUUCCCGAGGCCACCAGGACAUCCCAGAGGCAGGAGCUGCACAAAUCCCUGCGGUCCCUCAAUAACUUCUGCAGCCAGAUCGGGGACGAUCGCCCGCUGUCCUACUGCCACUUCAGCCCCAACUCCAAGCUCCUGGCCACAGCCUGCUGGAGUGGGCUGUGCAAGCUCUGGUCUGUGCCUGACUGCAACCUGGUUCACACCUUGCGAGGACACAGCACCAACGUGGGAGCAGUUGUGUUCCACCCCAAAGCCACCGUGUCCCUGGACAAGAAGGAUGUCAGCCUGGCCUCGUGUGCUGCUGAUGGCUCUGUCAAACUCUGGAACCUGGAAAGUGAUGAGCCCAUGGCAGAUAUCGAAGGACACAGCAUGAGAGUGGCCCGUGUGAUGUGGCACCCGUCGGGGAGGUUCCUGGGCACCACCUGCUACGAUCACUCGUGGCGCCUGUGGGACCUGGAGGCCCAGGAGGAGAUCCUGCACCAGGAGGGGCACAGCAAGGGGGUCUAUGACAUCGCCUUCCACACCGACGGCUCCCUCGCCGGCACCGGUGGCCUGGAUGCCUUUGGCCGGGUGUGGGACCUGCGCACAGGGCGCUGCAUCAUGUUCCUGGAAGGUCACCUGAAGGAGAUCUACGGGAUUAACUUCUCCCCAAACGGGUACCACGUGGCCACGGGCAGCGGUGACAACACCUGCAAGGUGUGGGACCUGCGGCAGAGGAAGUGCAUCUACACCAUCCCCGCCCACCAGAACCUGGUCACCGGCGUCAGGUUUGAACCCAACCACGGGAACUUCCUGCUCACGGGCGCCUACGACAACACGGCCAAGAUCUGGACCCACCCUGGCUGGUCCCCUCUGAAGACACUGGCAGGGCAUGAGGGGAAGGUGAUGGGCCUGGACAUCUCCCUGGAUGGGCAGCUCAUUGCCACCUGCUCCUACGACAGAACCUUCAAGCUGUGGACAGCUGAGUAGCUCAGAAGGGCUGGUUAUGAACUGGGUUAAUGGUUUUCAAUUGCUUUUUUAUAUUAAAAAAAACCCCCAGGAAUCA